UCUGGACCAGCGACGAGGCGGGAAUCGAGCGUUGUUGGUUUUUUUUUUUUAAAUACUCCGCGGCAGCACCCGCAUUGCAACACCGGAGCUGAGGAUGCUGAGCACCGGCUGUUGAAUGUCAGAGAGGAGCCUCUCUCGCCUCUUUGCGUUGUUCCACUUGUUCAUCACAACCAGCAGUGAACAGACAGAUGAACACACUGGUCACGCGCAGUCACGGCGUGCCGUUUCUUUUUGAUAGGAUUAUAUAUAUAGUGUGUGUGUGUGUGUGUGUGUGUGUGUGUGUGUGUGUGUGUGUGUGUGUGUGUGUGUGUGUGUGUUUUAGCAUAAUAAAUGCGUCUUGGAAGUUGAAGCUGUUGCAACCAAUCGGAUCUGGAGCCCGCUUGACACCGGUGGAAGCCUGAAACAACAGGAUCCGGACCGGAUCACACAUCUUUGCAGCAGCAGCAGCAGCACUCGGGUUCUUGUGGAGGAUAAACUGUUGCCUCGAAUCAAACUUUGUCUUUCAAGUUGCGGGAUUCUGACCUGCCGGACGCCUCCCUCCCCCCCCUCCCUGCUGCGCCCUCAGCGCUCUGAGGGUGAGAGAUGGAGAGCUGCAGGUGACUGACCGCUCACCGCCGCGUCAGGACGCCUGCUGAACCGAAUGGGAAACCCAGGGGUCCCGGGCAGGAUGAUGUAUGGGCGCUACACCCAGGAGCUCGGGGUGUACGCCAAAGAGGAGGCGGCUCGGCUGAGGGAGAGCGGGCAGCGGCGAUCGGUCAGCGAGCGGAGCCGGGCCCUGGACCUGCUGGAGUACGACAAGGGGCGCUGUGCCAAGUGUCGCAGGUCAGGGUACCCGUACGCUCUGCCAGCUCCAGCCCAGGACUUUCUCUCCGUCUAUACGGUUCGCUGUCAGAAGUUCCUGAUCUCGCGGGUCGGGGAGGACUGGAUCUUCCUCAUCCUACUGGGACUCUUCAUGGCCCUGGUCAGCUGGGUGGUGGACUUCUGCAUCGCCAUCUGUCUACAAGCACAGAAGUGGAUGUACGGCGGUCUGGACAGUAACGUGUUCCUGCAGUAUCUGGCCUGGGUCACCUACCCCGUGGUCCUCAUCACCUUCUCUGCCGGCUUCACACAGAUUCUAGCCCCCCAAGCUGUUGGUUCAGGUAUUCCAGAGAUGAAGACCAUCCUGAGAGGAGUUGUGCUGAAGGAAUACCUCACCUUCAAAACCUUCGUGGCCAAAGUCAUCGGCCUCACCUGCGCUCUGGGCAGCGGCAUGCCCCUGGGCAAGGAGGGUCCGUUCGUACACAUCGCCAGUCUGUGUGCUGCUCUCCUCAGCAAGUUCAUGUCUCUGUUUGGAGGAAUUUAUGAGGAGCCCAGUCUUGUAAAUAUUAAGAACGAGUCGAGAAACAUCGAGAUGCUGGCGGCGGCCUGCGCUGUGGGAGUGGGCUGCUGCUUUGCCGCUCCCAUAGGAGGUGUGUUGUUCAGUAUUGAAGUAACGUCCACGUUCUUCGCGGUGAGAAACUACUGGAGAGGCUUCUUCGCUGCUACCUUCAGUGCCUUCAUCUUCAGAGUGCUGGCUGUGUGGAACAGAGACGAAGAGACCAUCACAGCCCUGUUUAAAACCCGCUUCCGGCUAGACUUCCCCUUUGACCUCCAGGAGCUUCCCGCCUUCGCCGUCAUUGGCAUUGCCAGUGGUUUCGGUGGGGCUUUGUUUGUCUACCUGAACCGACUGAUUGUCCAGUUCAUCAGGAAACAGAAGGCCAUCAACAGAUUCCUCAUGAAGAAGCGUCUGCUGUAUCCAGCGCUGGUCACUUUGCUCGUCUCCACACUAACAUUCCCACCUGGCUUUGGACAGUUUAUGGCUGGAAAGCUGACCCAGAAGGAGUCUCUGGUGACGCUGCUGGACAACCGGACGUGGGCCAAACAGGGCAUCGCCGAGGAGUUCGACUACAUCGGACACUCCGACGCCUGGAAACACCCGCAGGUCAACGUCUUCGUCACCCUGGUCCUCUUCAUCGUCAUGAAGUUCUGGAUGUCUGCUCUGGCCACCACCAUCCCGGUGCCCUGCGGAGCCUUCAUGCCGGUAUUUGUCAUCGGGGCAGCCUUUGGUCGUCUGGUUGGAGAGAGCAUGGCAGCCUGGUUCCCAGAUGGCAUUAACACAGAUGGCACCAUCUACCCCAUAGUGCCAGGAGGCUACGCCGUCGUGGGUGCGGCAGCCUUGUCGGGAGCGGUCACCCACACAGUUUCCACCGCCGUCAUCGUGUUCGAGCUGACUGGCCAGAUCUCCCACAUCCUGCCGGUGAUGAUAGCGGUGAUCCUGGCCAACGCCGUGGCCCAGUCGCUGCAGCCGUCCCUCUACGACUCCAUCAUCAGGAUCAAGAAGCUGCCUUACCUCCCGGAGCUGGGCUGGGGACACCACGAGAAGUAUAAUAUUCGCGUGGAGGACAUCAUGGUGCGGGACGUGCGGUACAUCACACUGAACUGCUGCUACAGAGACCUGCACAACGUCCUGCUGACGGGACACCUCAAGACUCUGGCGCUGGUGGAAUCAGCUGAGUCCAUGAUCCUCUUGGGCUCCAUCGAGCGCGCCCAGCUCCAGGCGCUGCUCUCCCUGCAGCUCGGCCGCCCCAGACGGCUGGAGUACAUCAGGGAACGAGCCCUCGAGGAGAAGAAACGCCUGUCGGUCGUGUCGAACGUGGGCAGCGAGGACGGCAGCCACCGGGCCAGUCAGGAGGUCCGCUUCCAGAUCUCCACUGAGGAGUCCUCCUUCAGCCCGGCUCGUCCAGUCCCUCAGAAGCCCCUCAAACCUGCACUGAAGAGACCCUCUGUGGUGGAGCGACCCCCCGAGAUCCCCACCAGCCCACAAGAUAAUUCAGGCAUUGCUUUAAAGAACCUGUUCUGCGCCAGUCCAGACACAGAAGGCCUAGAGAAAAACAACAACGUGGAGAGCCCCAUGUCUCCUGAGCUCAGGAGGCCGUCCAAACGAGUCCGGAUAUCCGUAGUGGAGCCACCUCCCAUCUUAAAGAGUUUCCAUGGGGACGACGUAGAUGUGGAGGAUGACAUGACUAUUAGAGAGAUUGCAGAGUGGGAGGAGCAGCAGCUUGAUGAGCAGGUCAACUUCAACAACUGCAAGAUCGACCCCGCCCCUUUCCAGCUGGUGGAGCGCACGUCGCUGCAUAAGACACACACCAUCUUCUCCCUGCUGGGCCUCGACCACGCCUACGUCACCAGCAUCGGGCGCCUCAUCGGGGUGGUGUCCCUCAAAGAGCUCCGUAAAGCCAUCGAGGGCUCCGUGACGGUGAAGGGGGUGAAGGUGCGUCCUCCUCUGGCCAGCUUCCGGGACAGCGGCACCAGCAGCAGCGAGAACGAAGCCACCGAGCUCCACAAGCUGUGGGAUCGCCACAAGAGCCUGUCGCUGCCCCGCGACCACACUCCCUCCGAGUCCGACGAGAAAUCCCAGUGAGGGGGAAAGUGGAGGAGGACGAAGAAGAGCAGGUAGAGGAGGAGGAGGCGUUGCGAUGUUUAAUCUCCCAAAGCCACGGAAAUGCAAGAAUCCUCAGGGCAUAGGAUCGAUAUUUAAUCCUGGAAAGAGUCCUACUGCUAGCCUCUUUGUAGCUCCUCACUCCUCUUCCUCAUCUACUCCUCUUCCUCCCCACCGUCGACUUUUGCGUCAUGGACCCACCAGUGCUCUCAUCCAGGAGUCCUGCACUGACCAAUCCAGACACUCCGCAGGGUAGAGGAACACAACUCAACCUGUGCCCUGCUCUCCAUUUACCCUCGGGAACCCACAGCAGAGCGAAUGUGGAUUCAAUAUUGUUUUGGUGGGGGGGGGGGGGGGUGAAAUCUUUUUUAAAAGGGAUUCUUUGUCUUUCAGCAGACUUUGUUUAUCUUUUGAGUUGAGAUCAAAGUUUCGCAGCUUCUGCAGAAAGUUCAUCUUUUGAACGAGUCUUCCACUUCAGCGACGAUGACGAGGAGGAAUAACGUGUACUGUGAGUGUGAGUGUAUGAAGUGAGAAGAGGGGAGGUAGCAACAUUUCUUAUAUGAUUUAUUUUCUUACGCAUUUCUUUUCCAGCUUGAAUCAUUGUAUUUGUGACUGAUCAGGUGGUCUGGGUUUAACUGGAAUUCGCCGCGGCUCCAUUUCUUUGUAUAUUACGCGACAGUUCGCCCUAAUUGAGAAGCACCGGACUACAAGGGGUCGGAUGCAUUUACUUGUUUCCAGUACACCUCUUCUCCUCCGGUCCUCUCAUCUCUUCACUCCCGAGUUCUUAAUGGUCAGAUUUGCGAGUAUAGUCUAUGCAAGCAGACGUGCCUGUUGGCAGCGGCGGACGCAUCCGUAGCCCUUCACAUAUAUAUAGAAUGUGCACUCCUUUCAUCCCGCAGAGCUACGGGCCUUACAUCACUAUAAGACACGUAGAACACACACAUGGGGGGGGCGAUGCACAAGACCGGGGCGAUGCACUCCGGGAGGCGAGGUUUUUCUGCUUAUCUAAAUAUAGCUCUUAAUAACCGUUCCAGAGACGGUUGUGGGGGGAGAGGGCAGGAAGUGAGGGGGGGGGGGCAAAUGGACGGCUGAAAGAAUGAAGAAAUCAUUACCUAACCAGCUGCUGUGGGGCCUCUCAUCAAUCUGCCUUUGAUAGUAAUGGAGGUAAGCCAACACCCCACCCCCCACCCCCCCCCCAUCAGCUAUAUGAUGUCAUGGUCCAGCCAGACUCCACAUGUCCAGCAGUCAGAUGACAAUAUGUGAGCAGAAUCAGCUUGAACAGGGAGAUUAAACGCUAAAGGAAAUCCAUAACUGGGAGCAAAAUGUAGAAUAACCACUUAUGAAAUGUAGCUCGUCUUCACCCUCCAUACCUCCAGAUCACGACUAAAUUAUCGCUCCAGCUGCUCGCCGGACGUAGCUGACCGACUGAAUCUGUUUCUGGGGUGAAUGAAUGAUUAAUUGGCGGCGUGGUUUCUGAUUCAGCAAGUCUGACAUGACAGAUGAUGUAUAAGUACUGUGUAUUUAAUAAUUCAUGUCUGCCAUAAUGCUUGAGGCUCGUCGGCGCGCUCUCUCUGCUCGUCGACAUAAACACAUUGAUUUGUUUCUCCAUCUUUUCCAUAUCUGACCGUACGUCCUUUAAGACACUCCUUUCUUUUUGAAUCUUUUAUUUAAGUUUCUUGGACGAGGCACAGACGUCCGCCUUAAAUGUGCACACACACACACACACACCCACCCAGCUUCAUAGACGCACUGCAUGGGGGGGGGGGGGGGUAUUUUUACUGGAAGUAAAACGCACACAGUAAAACAGCACGGCUUCGCAUGACAGAGUGCAUGUGAGUUUAUUUUACAUAAAUAUAUAUACGAUCAAAAUGUACCAAAAACAAAAGCUUGACAGAAACGGUGAAUGUUGUUGAGUCUGUCGGCCAUGUCGUGCCUGUGUGUUCUCUGUAGUUACAGUUGCUCCUGUUAGUCACUUUGAUCAGCGUCUUCCAUUCACUCACUGAGGGGGGGGGGGGGGGGUCUGAGCAAACUCACAGAUUAAUAUAUUUAACAUCCUGUAAUGUAAAAAUCAUAUUUAACAUCUUAACCAAUCUUAAAUUGUUGACUAAUCUCUUUUUGAAAGAGAUUUUGGGGUGGGGGGGCUUUUUAUGAUAUUUGUUGAGUAAUUUUUGACAUUUGAUGAUUUCAAAGAGAUAAUGCUGUAUUUUAUGUCUGUUUUAAAUCUUUUGACAUGCUGUCUGAAAUUAUAUGUAAAGUGCAAAUAACACUAACGGGGUGAAGGCUUGCAAUGGAGCGAGAUAAGGGGGGGGGGCUGUAAGUUAAUGUUGAAGGGACCAGCAUGACGUCUGUUUGGUGACAUUCCACAAGUGCCUUCAUCGACUCCUCUUCAUCAACAGGAAUAACAAAUCCACCUGUGAGAUGUUCCUUUUCUAGCCAUAUGCAUGCAGACGAGGCACUUUUCACACACAAAUAUGUAAGCGGGGGGGGGGGGGGUCAGCGGGUUGUGCAAAUGUCACCAUGGCAACCUGUCAUUGUCGUCAGCCCCCCCCCAGGGACUGACUGAGAUCCACUCGUCAUUUGUUUGUGCUCUUCAUCGAUUCUCAUGUAUCCUGCCUCCUGUCAGAGCCCUCCUCCUCCUCCUCCUCCUCCUCCUCGUCUCAUUCGCUACCAGGCAGCCGUAGACCGAGGUCGAUGCAUAUUUAUUAGUCUGUAUUAAUCAAAGUAGAAGUUUGUAUAAAAUGACGUUUUUCAUUUUCUUUUUAUGGAUGAUCCACUCGUAGGUAAUCGAUUUGUGCAAUAACUGUUCAUCUCACUUUGUAACUCCGUGUUAAUCGAUGUCGUGAACGCAAGAUAACCUUAUUUUUGUAAAGAAACCUGAAAAGUGUAAAAAGAUGUUUGUAUAUGAGGAGCUCGUGUGCGAUGAAGUGAUAUUUGAAUGACGGUUUUCAGCGGGACGGUUUCCCCAGAAGCCUCAAUAAAAGCUUUUAUUUGAUCUCACGGGAAUCAGCGUAAAGAUAUUUAAGUGAAACACUGUUUGCACCUUUUGGGUGCUGGUCAGCCUUUGUUUUGGCUUUUGGGAAACCUUCCCCGUCUGGUCUUUAAAGGCUCUGUGGUGAAUCUGUCAUACAAGCCCGUCCUGAAGCACUGACGCUGGGUCAGUUCUAUCUUCCUCUCCUUCAGUCUGAGGGGCUUCGAUAGGACCAGAUCCUCGCAUCAGCUGUUGAGGGUUAUCUUCUAUCCACUCCUCACAGACUACAUCGUACUGAAGGCCUCCACUACUGAAGGCCUCCACUACGGGCAAACCCCCCGAGGGCCAAACCAGACUGAGCUCAACAAAAUCUAGAGAUAUUUUUCACACAGGAAAAAAAAAAUGAACCAUUGUUUUGUAUAUCAGGGAUGAAUAAAUGCGAUUUUAACAAA